GUGUUGAGGGGGGGGGGGGGGGCUCUUAAACUAGUGUCUGUUUAAAUAAAGACUAGCUCAGCCAUGUGGAUGCGUCUGUUGAACAGCUGAAGGGGGGAUACAGCCUACGGAGAGACGGAACGUGUAAUGUGUGCAUAUGAAAGGGGAGCGAGGAGGAGGAGGAGGGAGAGUGUGUGUGGAAAAAGGAAGCAGAGUCUGUGAACGAACGGAGAACUCACUGAUCCCCUGGAACCGGAGCACUCGAUACAAACAAUAUACUUUUUUUUUUUCAUACGCAACAUAUCAAGAAGCUACACCACCGCGAAAAAAAACCCAGGGGAAACGGAGGCAACCGUGUGUUUUCGGGAACGGCUGCCUCGGAGAUUAUUACGUGAUUACACGAGCAAAAGUGAGCCCAGGCAGGGCCGUCUUUUGUUGAGGCAAGUGGUCGUUCGCCUGUGUAGCAGGCAGGCAGGCAGGCAGGCAGCUGAAGGAUAAAGUGUCUGCCUGAUUAUUGUUUCAAGCCUCUGGUUUCUUGGAUCUGGCCCAGGACACGGGGUUUUAUUCGACGGGGUCAUCCUUGGUGAGGAUUGAAGUAGUUUGUGGCGGUUACUUUGGAACUGUACAGUCAUCAGACUGGCGGCUUUUCCUGAAACACUGGGGUUGUUGGUGUGGCUGAAUUUUCCCUGGAUUUGAUUGGUCAAUUCAGAAGACUGAAGCCCAGGCUGACAGUCUACCUUUCACGGAGGCCCAGCCGUGAGAGGACUGAGGAAGGCACGUGGCGAAUCAUGACCGCGGACAAAGACAAGCCAGACAGGGAGAAGGACAGGGACAGAGACCGAGACAGGGAGAGGGACAGAGAGAGGGACAGAGACCGGGACAAGAGGGACAAAGCAUCCAGGGAGAGCGAGAGCUCACGACCACGCCGUAGCUGCACGCUGGAGGGCGGAGCUAAGAACUACGCGGAGAGCGAGGACGAGGAUAACGAGAACAGGGGAGGGGCCGGGGCAGUAGGUGGGGUCAACAUGGGGAUGGGGGAGGAGUCAGGGAAGAAGGGAAAGAAGAAGAUGAUCAAGAAGAAGUCGAGGUAUGAACGGAUGGAGAACGGAGAGAUCACUUCCUUCAUUACUGAAGACGAUGUUGUUUACAGACCUGGCGAUUGUGUAUAUAUGGAGAGCCGCAGGCCAACACUCCCUACUUCAUAUGUAGCAUUCAGGAUUUUAAACUGAGUAAGCGAGACCAUCUGUUACUCAGUGUUAAAUG